CAAUGUCUUCCCUUGGCGCUUAUUCCCUUUUUGGACUGAUUGCUCAGUUACUCCUCUCCCCUUUGGCCCUUGGGAGCGAUUUCCGCUCUGCUUUCUCUGUUGCCCGUACAAGCAGCAUGGAAGGAGGCCCUGAGAUGGUCAUCACCUUCGACAAGGUUUAUGUAAACAUCGGGGCUGAUUUUGAUCCAAAGGCUGGCAUUUUCCGAUGUCGCAUUCCUGGGGCUUACUACUUCUCCUUCACCGUCGGGAAGUUCCCCAAGAAGAACCUGUCAGUCAUGCUGAUGAAGAACAAGAAUGAGGUCCAGGUGAUUGCUUAUGAUGAAAAUCACCACCAAGAGCGCAAGGUGGCUAGCCAGAGUGCAAUGCUGCAGUUGGAUUAUGGAGACACGGUUUGGCUACGGCUGCACGGAGAUCCAAAAUAUGCCCUCUAUAGCAAUGUUGGGCCUUACACAACCUUUAACGGCUACUUAAUCUACCCUGAUACAUCCUACUAUUUCCAGAGCGGCAGUGACAACUACAGGCUGCAAGACUCACAAAACAUGGUGACAUCACGAGAGAGUUCCUCAGAGCGCAAUGAAGUCUACAACAAGAAUGCAAUGGCAGCCGACCAACCCACAGUAAACAAAGAUCCUCGGUCGGCCUUUUCAGUUGCCCGAACCAAGAGCCUCAUUGGAUCAGAUGAAGAAAAAACAGAGCACCUGCCAAUCAUUUUCGACACAGAGUUCGUCAAUAUCGGAAGCGAUUUCAAUUUAUCUUCUGGGGAAUUCCAGUGCCGUUUGGCGGGGGCCUAUUAUUUUUCUUUCACCAUAGGAAAAAUGCCCUACAAAACCAUGUCUGUCAAGUUAAUGAAGAACCAAAACGAUGUCCAGGCCAUGAUUUAUGAUGACAGCCACUCAAAAAAGCGAGAGAUGCAGAGCCAAAGCAUCAUGUUGUCUCUACAGCCUGGAGACACAGUGUGGCUCUACAGCUAUAGGCACGAAGGGUACGGAGCCUACAGCAACCAUGGAAAGUAUAUUACCUUCACCGGUUUUCUGGUUUACCCAGAAUUAGCGACCAAGCAGCCAACAUCUGAAACAAGGCACAAGUCAGAAAUCGUUCUUACUGAAAUCUAAUGGAUACUGCCACAGUAACUGACCUUGGCAUGGCAGGAUUUGACAGUAGAGGAAGUAGGCACAUGCUUAACGUUGCCAUACAAAUGUUUAAAUCAGGCUUACUUCAUCCACUUUUACCUGUGACACAGCUAUGUGCUUAUUACACCACUCAUU